CUAUUUUCCCGAUUCCGGAAAGUUUGUUUUUCUUCUUGUAGAGAAGAAAUAAAAGUUAUAGUUUUUAUAAAGUAAAAUGUGUAGCAUUGGAGAAGAUGAUUUUGGUGAUGAAGGAGGAGCUCAUGCAAUGCCAGUCAAUGAGAAGAUAAUCUUCGAAGAUACUGACGGAACGUGCAGGAAGUGUGGUGCUUCAGCUGCUGUGAAACUGAAUUUCAAGGAGGCACAGUGCAGAGAUUGCUUCAUCAACCAUGUCCGACACAAGUUCCGGGCCAAUUUGGGCUCAACAAAGAUCCUCCCGCGCGAUUGCAGUGUACUUACAGUUUUCAACGGAAGUGCUGGAAGUGUCUGCCUUCUAGAUCUCGUCAUUGGUUCUUUAGAACUGAACAACCAUAAGCGAUUGCAUUUCACCCAUCAUGUGCUUUUCCUCGAUGAUUUUUUACCUCAAGCACAAAAUCUUGAGACGACAGUGGAAAAGAUUAGAACAAUAGUAGAUCAAUUUCAAGUAAAAAUUCACUUCAUCUCCUUGGCAGGCUCUAGCAGUGAUCCAGAAUCAAUAACCACAAACCGAGAUGCUUUUAUUGCACAAUUCAAGCUAAACAAGGAGAUGCUAUCAAAAUUCCGAGAAGAAUUUUCAAAUCAAUCAACUUGGGAAGAUUUCCUGGUGCAACGGAAGAAAAAUCUUAUUCGAAAGGCUGCAAAAUAUUUAAAUUGCAAUCAUGUUUUCUUACCGGACAUCACCACAGAUCUAGCAGCUGAUGUCUUGAGCAAUGUAAUCCUGGGUAGAGGUGCUUCGGUGGCUUUCGAUGUUGGAUUUGUUGAUGAUCGUAUACCGGAUAUUAAGCUCCUUCGACCAAUGCGGGACCUAACACACCAAGAAGUGGACAAUUAUGUUCGCAUAAAAGACUUGGAGUAUUUAAAAGCACCCUGUAGAAAAUCCAUGGAAAGCAUUCAAAGUCUUACAUGGAAAUUUGUUGGUGAUCUCCAAGCAAAUUUCUCAUCAACAGUGUCCACAAUCUUUCGGACAGGCAAUAAAUUUGCCCCAAAGGCCUCUUCAGAUGGAAUAUGUAAUUUUUGCAAGUGUAAUCUCGACUGGAGAUCUUCCAAAACUUUGGCUGCUGUUGAUUUCUCCAGGUCUAUUUCUAAUGAGUUCAUUCCAGAUAAUACUAGACCUUUUAGCCCUUCCAGCCAUCUUCCAACGGUGCCUGAUGCUGAGAAGUACUGCUAUGCAUGCCAGAAGUUUUUAUUAGAAUCUUCAGAGAGUUUAAUUGAAUAAUAAGAAUCAAGAACAUCAAA